UCACCCCAGGCCGGUGGCUGGGCCGGGCAUCUACAGAGGCAGCCUAGACACUUGUAGAGCCAGCGGUAGAGGCUCCGCACGGACGGGACAGAGGCGCAAACAUGCCGGGGCGGUGGGCUCUCUGAGCCCCUCCCCAGCCCCAGGCCAAGCCAGUCGGACCCAAGCCAAUGAGUCCCCUGACCCCAAGAGCAAGAUGAACCCUGCCCCAAUGACACUCUCCAUGGAUUCUCCCGGGAGGAAAAAGCAACUGGAAUUUGAUGAUGGUGACGACUCCGUUCCAGAGCAGCCCCCCCUGAAGCGAACCCAUCGAGACUCUCAGCUUUACCCAGCCCCCUGCCAGCAGCCCCAUAUCAGGCCCCCAGAGCCUGCCUCUGAUGCUCCUGCUGCCUUUUCCAGGCUGGGGCCCUAUGUACUCCUAGAAGCCCAGGAAGGUGGCAGGACCUACCGGGCAGUGCACUGCCCCACAAACACGGAGUACACAUGUAAGGUGUAUCCAGCUGGGUCCUAUCAAGAGUUGCUGUCUCCCUAUGCCCACCUACCCCAACACCCUCAUGUAGCUCCUGUGGCUGAGGCAGUCUUGGGCAAGCACCAUGUCUACGUGUUCUUCCCAAGGGCAUAUGGUGACAUGCACAGCUAUGUGAGGGAGCGAAGACGGGUCCCUGAGCGGGAGGCAGCCUCACUCUUCCUCCAGAUGGCCCAAGCUGUGGCCCAUUGCCACCAGCACAAUCUGGUCUUGCGUGACCUCAAGCUAAGGAAGUUUGUCUUUGUCGACCAGGAGAGGACAAAGCUGGCUCUGGAGAAUCUAGAGGACUCAUGUCUGCUAACAGGGCCGGAUGACUCCCUAUGGGAUAAGCAUGGCUGUCCAGCCUACGUAGGGCCUGAGAUCCUCACCUCCCGGGACUCAUAUUCGGGCAAGGCGGCUGAUGUGUGGAGCCUGGGUGUGGCACUGUACACCAUGUUGGCUGGCCGCUACCCAUUCCAGGACACAGCCCCUGCCCUGCUCUUUGGCAAGAUCCGAAGGGGUGCCUUUGCCCUCCCUGAGGGCCUCUCAACCCGUGCCCGCUGCCUUGUCCGCUGCCUGCUCAGGCGGGAGCCCAGUGAGAGGCUCACUGCCCAGGGCAUUUUGCUGCACCCCUGGCUACAGGGAGGGGGAAACCCCUCCGAGGAGGCUGGAGUAUGGGUGGCAGAGCAGGUGGUGCCAGAUAGCCAAGACCCCAGGGAGGAGGAGGCCAGGCAGGAAACUGAGGAGGAGCUGUAUAGUUAGGCCGGGAGGUCAUUUCCUCUGCUCUGCCCUAACCCUGACUGGCCCCACUGACUGGGGGCAGCUGAGCCUCAUGGAAACUCCUCUCCUUCCUCUUUGAAUUAAGCCAAACCCCACUCAAGUGCCUUAACAGUGGAAAAGAAGGGAGGCAAGUGUGUGAACAUGAUUGUUACCUGCUGCACACACUUGGCACACACACACUAGUGUGUGUGCACACUAGUAUACACGGAGGUUGGUGCACACAUGUGACAAACUCAGGCUGAACGUGUCCUGGCCGGCAUGCAUGGCGGUGCACAUAUCGUCAUUCGGACAUUGCUGGUGGUAUACAAACACCUAGAAAUCAUGCCUUAGCUUCCUUAGCUCAAUAGCCGGAACACCCCCUCAAGUCUCUUCCCCAGGGCACUCAGAGUACAGGAGAAGGAUGUUGGAGGGAGAGUUAGGCCAUCACAAUAGAGCAGGCCUAACCUGGGGUGGGGAGACUGGGAAGAAGGUAUUAUCCAGAGCAUAACAGCCCCCAGUCCUUGUUUCCCCAGCUCCAGGCCACUUGAGGAAUUAUAGGCCCAGCUGCUGCUGGCAGACCAGGGAAGGGUAGUGUGAAGGACUUCUCAGGCUCCAGAGAGGCCCUCAGCUUCCUCACUCUGGGAACCGUCUUCCCUUCCUGUCCCCAAACACCAAUUCAACAUUCCUUCAGGCUGUGUGAUUUCAGAGCCAGUAAAAGUGUUCAGUCUGAGAACCAGGCCCUCUCCCCAGGGGCCUGCUCCCGCAUCUGGACACCUGCUUCCUCUGUUCCCCUGGGACCCCCAAUUGACUCUAUGGGGCAAGGAAAUGCUAUGCAGCAUCUAUUUUUGUCUUUUGACUAAUAAAGGACAUUUUUUUAAAUA